GCCGACACAACGAAGCGAGAAGAAGAGACCUCUUCCAUUAUGAAUGCUCCCGAUUCUCCCCCUAGGGCUGAACCUUCGCCACCAGGAGAUACCAAGGCAAUCUCAACAGACGACCCUAAAGCCGCCCUGGCCGCCCGCAUGGCACGCUUCAAAGCUCUCCAGGCCCAGAAAGUCUCUGGUCGCAAAGCAACGGAAAAGGAAGUUCGUGACGCCGAAGACCGCUCUUCCCGUCUGGCCCAAAUAUCGAAGUUACAAGACGCCCACGACAAAGCAUCCUACAAAUUACUCAAGAAUGACGACCCAGACUUCGAGCGCAAACGGAAUUGGGACUACACGGUCGAAGAGAGCGAGAGUUGGGACAAGCGCAUGGCGAAAAAAUCACGAAACAGAGAUGGCGUCGCAUUCGCGGAUUAUCGGAACGAAGCGAAUAAAGUUUAUAAGCGGCAAAUCAAGCAGAUGUCGAAAGUAGACCAGGAAGCGUAUGCGAGUCAGAAGGCGGAGAAGCUUCAGUCUCAAGUAUCGAGUGGGCUGUUGCAACUCGUCGAAACACCAUCUGGGGAGAUAUAUACAGUAGACACUCUCGGCAGGAUCAAUACCCCUGUGGACGAAGCAUACUCUCAUGACCACACGCCCAGCAAGGAUGCUGUCGACAAGCUAGUCGAAGAUCUAGAGAAGGGCGAACGAGCACGGCUCAAGGCACGCGCGGCCAGAGGGAUCAGAGAUGAGCAAGAUGUCGGCGAUGUUACGUACAUCAACCAGAAGAACAAGCAGUUCAACGAUAAGCUGGCGCGCUUUUAUAACAAGUAUACGAGCGAAAUACGGGACAACUUCGAGCGAGGAACGGCGAUAUAAGCUCAGAGGAGGGACGUAAACCAUAUCAACUAAACACUAGGCAAAUCGAACGCGCCGAGUCCUACGUUAGGCACGGAGACGAAAUAGGCGACAGCCUUGGAAGGGUUAUGAAUCAUCGAGAGUCAGGAAUGAUGCGAAAGGGAAAGGAAAGGAGCAUGAAAGUAGUGGUUAUACCCUAGUAUUGCAUUUUGUGUGGUAAAAUGGCGUUGCUGGUUUGGGUGGCUUUGGACUUGGGACU